UUCUUAUCUAUACUACGGCAAUAUGCAAAUUACUCAGCUCGCUGAAGCAUCCAAAAGGGCAUUUGGUAAUGGACCAUUGAUCACUGCUAAAUGUGAGGUGAAAGCUCCAGUUCCUGCAAAGGAAGGCGGCGGUGGAAAUAAAGGACAAGUUGAAAUUGGAAGUCCAUUAUUUUAUGCUUAUUGUGGCAUUGGUGGAAUUCUUUCUUGUGGAAUUACGCAUACAGCCAUUGUUCCUCUUGAUCUUGUCAAAUGUCGCAUUCAAGUUGACCCAGCCAAAUAUAAAGGAAUUCUUAGCGGCUUUAAAGUUACCUUGGCAGAAGAUGGAGCUAGAGGAUUGGCUAAGGGUUGGGCACCAACAGCUAUUGGAUAUUCGCUUCAAGGAUUGGGAAAAUUUGGAUUUUAUGAACUUUUCAAGAAUGUUUAUGCGAAUCUUGUUGGAGAGGAAAAUGCCUUCUUGUAUCGUACGAGUCUUUAUUUGGCUGCCAGUGCAUCUGCUGAAGUUUUUGCUGAUAUGAUGCUUGCCCCAAUGGAAGCAGUUAAAGUACGUAUUCAAACAUCUCCAACUGCACCUCCCAAUCUUCGUGGCUGUGCUCCGUUUAUUUACAAGACUGAAGGUUUGAUGGGUUUCUACAAAGGAUUGCCACCUCUUUGGAUGCGUCAAAUUCCAUAUACAAUGAUGAAGUUUGCCUGUUUUGAGCGUACUGUUGAAUUGCUUUACCAUCAUGUUGUUCCAAAACCUAGGGAUCAAUGUACUAAAGCGGAGCAGCUUUUGGUUACUUUUGUUGCUGGUUAUAUUGCAGGUGUUUUCUGUGCUGUAGUCUCCCAUCCAGCUGACACUAUUGUUUCUAAAUUGAAUAAGGAUGCUGGAGCUUCUGCUAUUGGAAUUUUGAAGCAAUUGGGACCUUUGGGUGUUUGGGGAGGGCUUGUUCCGCGUAUUAUUAUGAUUGGAACUUUGACUGCAUUGCAAUGGUUCAUCUAUGACUCUGUAAAGGUGGCCUUGGACAUUCCCAGGCCCCCUCCACCCUCAAUGCCUGAAUCAUUGAAGAAGAAAUUGGAAGCGCAAGGGAUUAAAAAUUAG